AUGGGUGUGCGUGCCUCGCACUAUGCUAGCUUGCCCUGCGCUGACCCGGAGGAGUCGCAGCGCAGCUGGAGCGAGCCUACCAGCGACCAAGAGGAGUCUGACGACUUGGCAUGGCAAAUCUCCAAGUUCGCAGUGCUCGGCAUCUGCGCGGUGUGUUAUGCCUUUGGCCUCACGCAGGCCUUGUUCAUUGUGGAGCCACCUUUCUACAGCACACGGCAGCCACCGGUGCAAAGAUCCAAUCUGGAACUCAUCAGCUUCUUGUACAAGCAGGGCAUGCCAACUGCAUCUGUAGCGGUUCUGGUUUUUGCAGUUCUUCUCCCGAGCUUGAAGUUUGGCAUGACCAUCAUCUUGCUGUUGCAGCCAAAGCAGCUGUCAAGACAACAGCUUCAGCGACUUUGCAAUUGUCUCAGCUUCAUCUCUCCAUAUCAGAUGUGCGACAUCUUCCUGGUGAUGUUGAUGCUCUCCUACUUGAACAUUGGCAUGUCCUUUGAGGGCAGCACCUACCGAUGUGAGCUGUGCCAGGGCUUCACCAGCUUCUUCAUCUACUGUGUGGCUUCUAUCAUCAUGGCUCAGAUGCUUCAGCUGGAGCUGAAAGAGGAUCCUGGUGGGGGUCCCCCUGCUGAAACCUUCAGCGCGCGUGAGCUGUCUGUUCGAAGCACUCCACGGCUGGCAGUCGGCCCAAUGGGCCCAAUGGGCCCGGUGGGCCCGACACCAAAGCCUGAGCCAAGCGAUGUAGGAAGGCUGAUGCUAUGUGGAGGCACCUGGCUACUCUGCACGAUCCUGACGUUAUUGGUGCCCUUGGCGCCACUUUCCUUGCAAGCACGGGCUGGCGGCUUCAUCCUCUACAGACAGGAUCCCACGUUCCUGGAACUUUUUGGCAGUUUGCUCUCUCAAAGCCCUUUCUUCGCCUAUUUAGAGGUGGCAGUUGUGGUGGUGGCGCCUGCCUGCGCCCUGCUCUCAGGGCUUCUGGAAACGAAGCUGGCCCUACCAAGCGCAGUGCGAAGCUUUGAGAAGUAUGUGCUGCAGCCUCUGACCAUGGGAGACGUUGCAGCAGUGGCGCUUUGCUGCCUCUACCUGUCAAUCCAGGAACCCUGGAGCAACUUCGUCCGCCUUUGUGUGCGCCUUCCUUCGUGGCCCUUGACAUUCUUCGUAUUUCUGGCAGCAGGUGUGUCCUGCGCCAAGCUGCGUCACAACGCGCGCUGGCCACUUUGGGUGGAAGUCAUUACAUGGACUACCUUUCUGAUGCUGUGCAUUGGGCUGUGGGCGUUGGGCCCCCGCGAAGCAUCAAUGGCACUUCGCAGCGUCUCGGAACUGAACCAGGUCUUACAAAAAGACCUACCGGCUUUGAAUCAUGCGCUUCUCCAUCAACUGCCAUCCUCUUUGGGAAAUUGCCAGGAGCUUGAGCGGAUGGCUUUCACAAGAGGCUGUCAAAACAAGGAACUGCCGGUAUUUGAAGUGCCAAUGCUGGAGAUCCGCUGCAACUUCACUUGGGUAAAGGGCAUACACACAAUGAACAUUGAACAGGCAACAAUCAGUGAGAGGCGCAACAGCAGCUCAGAGCAUAGAUGGGCGUUGCUUCUUGCAGGUAGCUUCGAUGAUUUGCAAGUGCAUAUGCAGGCGAUGCGAUUCAACAGAGCCUUGCUGGAAGGGCAGGUUUGCUGCCCCAAAGGCCUAAAGUGGACACUGCAGGUCUCUGCUGAAUGCAAACCAGGGCAGAUCUUCAGCGGAAAUGUGACUGUGGAUUCUUUCAAAACUGGCGACUUGAAUGUCAUGGCGCUGCACCUUUCAGGUGCUUUGCCCGGCCUCACAUCCCUGAAUCUGGAUUUGGGACCUGCAACUAGGUUGUUGGACUCCGAGCUUCGCGCGCGGCUAGAAGCGCUGCUGCUGCGCUCUGGAGAUGGAGCGAUUUUGACGAAACUGUUGAACACGGUCAUUGCCAACAACGGUG